CGUGGCUAGACGGGGGCGUGGCCUGGGAGGGGCAGCUGGGGCCCCGAGCGAUCGCUGGCCAGCGAAGCGCCACACUCGCUUGGUUGAGGAGAACGGCACUCCGCCGGGACAGCACGAGCCUGGGAGAUGGCAGUGAUGGAAGUGGCCUGCCCGGGCACUCCUGGCUCGGCAGUCGGGCAGCAGAAGGAGCUAGCCAAAGCCAAGGAGAAGACACAGUCACCAGGGAAGAAGCAGAGCUGCGUUUACAAGCUCGAAGCCAUGGAGAAGAGCCCUGUGUUCUGUGGAAAGUGGGAUUUCCUGAACGACGUCAUUACCAAAGGCACAGCCAAGGAUGGUUCUGAGGGUGGGCCGCCCGCCAUCUCCAUCAUCGCCCAGGCCGAAUGUGAGAAUAGCCAGGAGUUCAGCCCCACCUUUUCAGAGCGCAUCUUCAUAGCAGGGUCAAGGCAGUACAGCCAGUCUGAGAGUCUUGAUCAAAUACCCAACAAUGUGGCCCACUCAACGGAAGGCAAAACGGCCCAUGCGUACCGCAAGGAAAAGCGUCGCAGCAAAGCCCGAAAAAAACGUAAGAAGAGAAGGUCGAAGUCGCCUGCCCAAGCAGGAGUGGCCUUAGCCAAACCCCUGCCCAGAACCCCUGAGCAAGAGAGCUGCACCGUCCCAGUGCAGGAAGAUGAAUCUCCUCUAGGCACCCUCUAUGCCAGAAGUGUCCCCCAGUUCACCAAACCUCUGAAGGGGACAGUCCUUGGCCACCUGUGCUUUAAAAAACAAGCUGAAGGCCUGCAACCAGUGCAGCCUCGACCAGAACUCCACAAACUGAUCAGCCCCUUGCAAUGUCUAAACCAUGUGUGGAAACUCCACCACCCCCAGGCCGUAGGCCCCCUCCCCCACUCCACUCACCCUUUCCCCUACAGCAAAAUGCCCCAUCCGUUCCCGUUCAAUCCUCUGGAACCCUGGAGACCCUACCCACUAGAAUCCCUCUUCCUGGACAAACUAGCCGGUAUAGGUGGCCAGCAGCCCCUGCCUGGCCCACCAUACUUAGGCAAGCUGGCCUACAGAGACAGUCGGAAGCCGCUGCCUGGCCCACACCUGGAGUCCAGCUACCCAUCUCAAGGUGCCCAAGAAAAGGUCCCUGUGGAGGAGUACCUGGUGCAUGCACUACAAGGCAGUGUGAGCUCAGGCCGGGCCGACAGCCUGACCAGCCUGGCCAAGACGUGGUCAUCAGGAAGCUGCAAGCCGCAGAAGCUCAGCCCUGAAACUGAGGACAACGAGGGUGUCCUGCUUACUGAGAAACUCAAGCCGGUGGAUUAUGAGUACCGAGAAGAGGCCCACUGGGUGACACACCUGCCCCGUUUGGGCAGAGGCUCCUUCGGCGAGGUCCACAGAAUGAAGGACAAGCAGACAGGCUUCCAGUGUGCUGUCAAAAAGGUACGGCUUGAAGUGUUUCGGGCAGAGGAGCUGAUGGCCUGUGCUGGACUCACCUCACCCAGAAUUGUCCCUCUCUACGGAGCCGUGAGAGAAGGUCCUUGGGUCAACAUCUUUAUGGAGUUGCUGGAAGGUGGCUCACUCGGCCAGCUCAUAAAGCAGAAGGGCUGUCUGCCGGAAGACCGGGCCCUCUACUACCUGGGCCAGGCCCUGGAGGGGCUGGAAUACCUCCAUAUCCGAAGAAUACUGCAUGGCGAUGUCAAAGCUGACAAUGUGCUCCUGUCCAGUGAUGGGAGCCGAGCUGCCCUCUGCGACUUUGGCCAUGCCUUGUGCCUACAACCUGAUGGCCUAGGAAAAUCCUUGCUCACAGGGGACUAUAUUCCUGGCACGGAGACCCACAUGGCCCCUGAGGUGGUGAUGGGGAAGCCCUGCGGCGCCAAGGUGGACAUCUGGAGCAGCUGCUGCAUGAUGCUACACAUGCUCAACGGCUGCCACCCCUGGACUCAGUACUUCCGAGGCCCACUCUGUCUCAAGAUUGCCAGCGAGCCUCCGCCUGUGAGAGAGAUUCCACCUUCCUGUGCACCUCUCACAGCCCAGGCCAUCCAAGAGGGGCUGAGGAAAGAGCCUGUCCACCGAGCAUCUGCCAUGGAGCUGCGGGGGAAGGUGGGCCAGGCAUUACAGCAAGUGGGAGGUCUGAAAAGCCCUUGGAAAGGAGAGUAUAAAGAGCCAAGACCUCCACCCCCAGACCAAGCCACCUGCCACCAGACCCUACCGACCCCACUGAGGGAGACCCUACCAGCCCAGGCCAACACGGUUGGGGCCCCUGAGCCUCAGCCUCCUCUACCUCCCGACCCACCGGAACAGAGCAGAGUGACAGCCUUGAGCCUGAGCAAGGAGGAGUCUGGCACAUGGGAACCCUUGCCUCUGUCCUCCUUGGACCCAGCCCCUGCCAAGGGCCUGAGUUUCCCAGACCGGAGGGCAACCUUCCCAGACCUGGAGCUGCAGCAGCUGGAGAUAGAACUGUUUCUCAACAGCCUGUCCCAGCCGUUUUCUCUGGAGGAACAGGAACAGAUUCUCUCGUGCCUCAGCAUCGACAGCCUCUCACUGUCAGAUGACAGUGAAAAGAACCCAUCCAAGGCCUCUCAGAGCUCACGCGACACCCUGAGUUCCGGUGUACACUCAUGGAGCAGCCAGGCAGAGGCAAGAAGCUCCAGCUGCAGCAUGGUGCUGGCCCGGGGGCGGCCCACGGACACCCCAAGCUACUUCAAUGGUGUCAGGGUCCAAGUACAGUCUCUCAAUGGCGAGCACUUGCACAUCCGGGAAUUCCAUCGGGUCAAGGUGGGAGACAUCGCAACUGGCAUCAGCAGCCAGAUCCCGGCCCCAGCCUUCAGCUUGGUGACCAAAGAUGGACAGCCUGUUCGCUAUGACAUGGAGGUGCCAGACUCGGGCAUCGACCUGCAGUGCACCCUGGCCCCUGAUGGCAGCUUUGCCUGGAGCUGGAGGGUCAAGCACGGCCAGCUGGAGAACCGGCCGUAGCCCCAGCUCCCACCACCAGCUCCACUCUGGCCACAGUAGGCUUCCUUCGGAUCUCAGUACUCAGAGCUGCCCUGAGAUGCUGGCUGAGUCUGCUCAGGGAGAUCUGCCGGUGCCUGGUUCAGCACUAAGACCAGGGCUUGCUACCGCAAAGGGAGCAGGGAAAGCACCUCUCAGGACUUGCCUCCUGAGUGUUGCUGGCCCCUGGCAGGAGAAACUCUGGCCCCAGGAGGAGACGAGGAGGAAGACAGGGGUCUCAUCUCUCAGGAAGAGAGCCAGUGUUCUCUCUGAUGCUCCAACCAAGGUGGUCAGACCCACGUGGAUCAGUCAGCAGUGGCCAGCAGUUGGGAAGCAGCUUAUAGCCUGGUCACAAAGAGCAGGUACCCCUAGGAAGGCAGGAGAGUGUCUUAAGGGUUCCUGCCCAGCUCAGACAGGGCAAGGCAGCAGGUGUGCCUGCCCAGGGGCUUGUGGAGUCCUUGACCCAAUGUCUAGCCUUUCUGACCAUUGACUAGUGUGAGAUGGAGGGAGCAGAAAGGACACCAGCUCCUUGGUAGACUGCACCACACCUACGCCUUCAGGUCACUGCAGCCCAGGUCCUGAGUUGAGCUCCUUGAUCAACCAAGGGCCAUAGAAAGUAUUGAAGAUAAGUGAUUCUCAGGCCUCAAGUCUGUGGCAGCUGUGUGCCACUUCUCAGAACAUCAGGCCUCACUAAGGCCUGCCCUCUGGCUAGCUGGCACUCUAGUCCCUCCUCUGUGAAAAUGAAGGAUGACAUGAGACCCACCUGACAGGAACAGUCUGCAAAUAAUAGAUGCUAAAGAAAGCCACAGAUGCAGGGCUCGCCGCCCUCCUGGGCAUGUAGUCAAAAUCAAGCGUGCCAGCUUCAUGGUGGCAAGAUAUUGCCGGCAGCACUUUGUAUUCUGAUGACGUCAAAAGCACUUUCCUGGCUGCCUUCCGUCAGAGCACUGGCUCUGCAUGGGCACAAGCAGGCCAGGGGAUGGGGAGGGGACUGUCUUGACCCAUCACCCACAUAGGCUUGACCCCCCCUCCCCUGCAAGCUUCUUUCAGAUUUAAGAUGAGCACCCCCACCCCGACUGCCCUAGCCAGGGUUUCUCCUGGUGGGACUUGGAAACAGCUGCUUAGGACUCAUGUAGCAUUAAGUUAACUGUGAAUCAUUGUGGGGAGGGGCGCAGAGAACCCCCUCUGGAGAAGCUCAUCUCCCCACCCCCAACCAGCCAGGAUGGUUUCCGCCCAGCUAUGUGCCAGGGACUAGGCCACUCCUGGCCCACAUGAGGAGCUGCGGCCACGGUGCUGCAUUUGGGGUGUACUCGGCUCUGCAAUAAAGUUUGCAAUGAGGAUGGGUGUCUGUAGGCUGUGG